AUGAAUGGACUGCGGUGGUUGGUUUCGCUGUAUAAUAACCAUUUGAAUGGAAUUCUUGCUGAUGAAAUGGGUCUUGGUAAAACCGUUCAGGUUAUUGCUCUAAUUUGUUACUUAAUGGAAACCAAAAAUGACCGUGGACCUUUUCUAGUAGUUGUACCAUCCUCCGUUCUACCUGGAUGGGAGUCAGAAAUUAACUUCUGGGCCCCAAGUAUCCUCAAAAUAGUCUAUUCUGGGCCUCCAGAGGAGCGGCGAAGACUAUUUAAGGAAAAAAUAGUUCAUCAAAAAUUUAAUGUCCUCCUGACAACAUAUGAAUAUUUGAUGAACAAGCAUGACAGACCUAAACUGAGCAAAUUACAAUGGCAUUAUAUUAUAAUUGAUGAAGGCCAUCGGAUAAAAAAUGCUUCUUGCAAGUUAAAUGCUGAAUUGAAGCACUAUCGUAGUAAUCACAGAUUGCUGUUGACUGGAACUCCCCUGCAGAACAAUCUUGAGGAACUGUGGGCACUGCUUAACUUCUUGUUGCCAAAUAUUUUUAACUCAUCGGAGGAUUUCUCUCAAUGGUUCAACAAACCAUUUGAGAGUAAUGGCGAUAAUUCACCUGAUGAAGCUUUGCUAUCGGAGGAGGAAAAUCUUCUGGUUAUAAACCGUCUUCACCAAGUUCUGCGACCGUUUGUGCUUCGGAGACUAAAACACAAGGUUUUUGAUGGCAUAACUAUGCUUUCCAACCAGGAUUUUCGUAGAUUAGAGUUCUUAUGAUACAAAUAGGAAUCUUUGUGUUUGCAUAUUCAUGUGUGUAUCCGUACUGGUGGCUGCAGUCACUUGGACUAUCCUUCAGUGAGCUUCAGUCUAGUCAGUUGAGACCUGUUCUUCAUUCAUGAUUGGGCAGCCAGAAACUCAAAAAUAAAAUAUGAUAUUUAUAUAUAAAGAGGUGAAACAAUAAGAUUGCUCUAUUGUGGGUCGAGUUGCAAAAAACUCUCUCCGCAUGCAGGGCGAUUAGUAAAUCCGAGUCUACCAUGCUCCAGGGUCUCUCUACAUGGUUGUCAUUGUUAUAUUGCCUCAAUAGCUUGGGGUGGUACCUGGUCAGGUUACCAACUUUUCCCUAAGGUAUUUAAUUCCUUAGGUGGAGUCUAUCGUGAAAAUUGACAUAAUUAUGUUUAUAAACGAGGCAUUUUAUUCCUUAGGUGGGGUCUAUCAUGAAAAUUGGUGUAGUCAUGUUAAAGAAAGAAGAGUAGUUAGGCUUCACAACAAAAGAAUUGAUCUCAAUACCAAAGGUUUUGAUAGGAGAAGGGUACAUAAUUUUUUAAAGGCAUGUAAAAUAGAUAUGACACCUUCAUAUCCCUGAUCAACUAUGGCAAAAAUUGCAUCCACCAAGAACAAAAAAUAGAUGAAGUUGAACUGAUAAAAUACAAUUGGAUGGUUUUUGAAAUUUGCUUUUCUUUUGGCAGUCAUCCAAUUGAAUUUAAUAGUCAAUGUGUAAGAUUGUGUAGUGAACUAGGAAGCACGAAUACGUAUGAGACACGGUGUCCGACACUUCUAAAAGUGUCAUGAAUUGGGAAAGUAAAUUUUUUGU